CUUCCGGUGUUUACAUUUCUCACUUUCACAGUUCUCAGAACGGAGAAACUUAUUUUGGAACACGGGCAACAGCAAUGAGCCGCACUACGCAAUCAUCAUAGUGGUGGAAUGUAAAAUGGGUCAAGCUACGAGUUCAGUGUCUACAGCUGAUGGGGAUCUCAGACAGCUACAGGGCCAGUUUGCUGCAAACUUCAACAUCGUCAAGAGUCUAGCCACGGUGUCGCAUGCCGAGGUUGUGGACUGUAUAGAGGAGCUCAAUACUGUAACGCGCAGUUUCACAGACAGGGCUGGCAAGCAGCUUCGCUUUCUCAUUAAAAGAGGGACCGACACCACAUUCCUUUGGAAGGGAACUAUAAGAAUACGAUGUUUAAAGAUCAACACCAGCACCAGUGUCAUCGAGUCCUCGAGGCUGCUGACACUCCGCCAGUUUGUGGUGACCUACAAGGAGAUCAUCGAGCAAGUGGCCAUGCUGUCCCGAGCUCCCGCUGACCCCUCGGCACAGGAAGACAGCGCGCCCGGCACUUCGGCCCGAGAGGAGCUGACUGCAUCAGCCUUCUUCCCAGAAUCUAAGAAGCAGGCUCACACAGAGGUGGAGGAGGACCCGGUGAACGAAUGCUGCGUGUGCAUGGACAGAAAGGCUUGCGUCAUGCUCUCCUGCUGUCACGAGUUCUGCGAGAUUUGCAUCGACAACUGGACACGAGAUGAACGUCACAGCAACUGCCCGCUGUGCCGGACAAAAGUGGCUGGCCACGACGACACCUGGAUCCUGACGGACAAAACGGACACCAGCGACUACGAGGGAGAGCUCAAGGGCUACCUGGUGGGGCUGGCCGACCGCUCCCGGGGCUCCACCCACUCGUGAUGAACACAGCACAACAAAACAAAAUGACGCGCGUUUGUGAAGAAAAUAACGCGUUUAGUUUGUGGACAAAAUGAUGCGUUUAGUUUCUGAAACAAAAUGACACAUUUGGUUUGUGAACUGAAUAACGUGUUUAUUUUGUGAACAAAACAACAUGUUUAGUUUGUGUGAACUAAAUUACGCGUUUAGUUUGUGAACAGAAUGAUGCGUUUAGUUUGUGAACAAAAUUACGCGUUUAGUUUGUGAACAGAAUGACGCGUUUGGUUCGUGAACAGAAUGAUGCAUUUAGUUUGUAUGAACAAAAUUACGUGUUAAGUUUGUGA